AUGACAAACGCCCACGACAAUUCAUCGAAACCACUCCCAGCUGUCAGUGUGCGACUGCCCGAUGCUGCAUUCUGCUCGCUUGUAGCUGCUCUCUCUCUCUCUCUCCCGCACGCGUACAUCCACGCCCAACGUCCGUCUCCACGCUGCUCGCGGAAGCAACUCGAAAGUCGGGCUCUUUUAUCCCGAGACGACUUGCUCCUCCUCCUCCUCCUCCUCCUCCACCACCACCUUCUCAUCUUGUCCCAUUCGCCCGCUGUCAUGAGCGUGCGCAACGUCACACCCGCACCAGGCGGCAUGGUCCACGCAGAGACCUACAAGCAGAAAUUCAUGCGCAAAUUCAAAGAGCAGCCGCUCGUCCCCAUCGGCGCAGGCCUGACCACCGUCGCCCUCGUCGUCGCCAUGGUCAAGAUGCGCCGCGGCGAGGCCAAGGCCAUGAACCACUGGCUCCGUGCCCGCGUCGUCUUCCAGGGCCUCACCAUCGCCGCCAUCGUCGGCGGCUCCCUCGCGUACGGCCAGACGCGCCAGCAGAAGGAGGCGCACGCCGCCGCCGAGCAGGAGGCCUUCCUCGCCGCGACCGCGAAGGACCGUGCCGAGUUCCACGAGCGCCUUCGUGCCGCGGAGGAGGCGCACCGGCUCGAAGAGGAGAUGGGCGCGGCGGACAAGGGCUGGUCGCGCGCAUUUGGGCCCGGCGGCGGUGCGGGACAGAGCGCGAGUGCAGCCGCGUACCCGCCAUCGAGUGUGUCGUCUGACAUGGUGCCCUCUCCGGACGCAGAGACCAGCCGUGCAUCUUCAAGCAAAAGCGUUUGGGAGCGGCUGGGCUGGGGCGGGUCGGGGAAUAAGUCGUGA